AUGGUAUUCGGACCACCAAAAUACGUUCACGGUCCACGGACCAGAAGACCCAAGAAACCGCCCGGGGAGACUGGUGCCACGAACGACGAGAAACGACCCAGAACCGCCUUUUCUGGUCCACAACUCGCUAGGCUCAAGCACGAAUUCGCCGAAAACCGAUACUUGACUGAGCGACGGCGGCAGGCCCUGGCUGCAGAGCUGGGCCUGGCGGAAGCCCAGAUCAAGAUCUGGUUCCAGAACAAGCGGGCGAAGAUCAAGAAGGCUUCCGGCCAGAGGAACCCCCUGGCCUUGCAGCUGAUGGCUCAGGGGCUGUAUAAUCAUAGUACCGUGCCAUUGACCAGAGAAGAAGAGGAAUUAGAGAUGAAAGCAAGAGAGCGAGAACAGCAGAAUAGAUGCUAACUUAGUCAUUUAACUUACCAAUGACUUCUUCAUAUUUAUACUGGACACGCUAACAUCAUCUUGUUGUUUGCGAUUGUUAGAUCCACCAUAUCGUCAAAAAUGAAAAAUCACAAUGAUUUUAAGCAGAAUAGAUGCUAACUUAGUCAUUUAACUCACCAAUGACUUCUUCAUAUUUAUACUGGACACGCUAACAUCAUCUUGUUGUUAGCGAUUGUUAGAUCCACCAUAUCGUCAAAAAUGAAAAAUCACAAUGAUUUUAAGCAGAAUAGAUGCUAACUUAGUCAUUUAACUCACCAAUGACUUCUUCAUAUUUAUACUGGACAUGCUAACAUCAUCUUGUUGUUUGCGAUUGUUAGAUCAACAUUAUCAUCAAAAAUGAAAAAUCACAAUGAUUUUAAGUUGUCUUUAAUAAAUGUAUACUAAUAUCAACCGUUUUUUGUUUACAUUUUUAAUAAUUUAUUUAUGUAAUUAAUAACAAUUGUCGUUGUAAAAUAUUAUUUAUAUUGAAAAAAUAAAAGUAUUAUGUAAUAAACUUUUCAUGUUUUAAGCCUAUCAGAAAAUGGUUUCAAUUUUGAAUAUAACAUAAAAAUAGUUUCCAUGAUGUUUUUACCCAUUUAUAAAAGAAGAUCCUCGAAUUUACAAUCAAAACAGGAUGACGCGUCCAGUGUAUAAAAUAGAAGUCAUUGUCGUCAUAUCAGUCUUAAUAUUACGCAUUGAUUUUAUCUUCAUGUAAAUGUACCUACAUAAUAUUUCACCCCGAGACUAUGUCACAAUAAAUAGACAAUUAUCCACUACUUAAAUAGAACCAUAGACUAUAAAUAUGUCAUUAAAAAAUCAGCGGGAUUAUAACGACACAACAGCACGUCUAUAGAUUGAAAUCCAUUGCUGGUUUUGUUUACUGUUUGUGUAAUGUCAAUAAAACUAAACAUGCGUUGGAUGUCUUUAUUUUUGUUUGUCAAUGCUGGCGUAUGUUAGUUACUGUGCUUACAUUUUCUUGUUUAAAUUACCUAUAUGGUGUUCACGUUGCUAACAUUAACUUCAGAGUGAUACAUAUUUCUUUCUGAUUUUUCAAUUGAUUUAAAACUUACUACUACACCCUACUGACUGACACUUAAUUUUUUUUUUCAUGAGUUUUUUGUUUGUCAUUUAAUGCAAAGUCAUUAUUAUAAAAAGAUAUUUCGAUAUUGAUUGUAAAUAAAACAAUCAUUUAAUGUUUCCUAAUCAUUGAUUUAUUGUAAUAAAUGUUGAAUGUUUUCGUUUUUAAAAUAUUAAUAAAUAAUUAAUAAUAAUAAUCCCACACGAAUUGUAAAAAUAUAUUAAUAAUUUAAAUUGAUAAUUUGUAAAUAAUUUUUAGAAUAGAAUUAAAUAGAUUUAAUAUUAAGUUAUUUAUUGUGCAA